AUGGCAGCGGGGGGAUCACGACGUCCGGGGAACCGCAAGGGAGGUCUUCUGGGUCCGCUACUUGGACUGGUAUGUGCCCGCUCCUGCUCCGUCCCCCACGGGGGGGUCUCGCUGACGAUAGGAAACCCCGCCAGGUUCUUCACCGGCCCCAUGAUCAUCAUGAACCUGCUCCUGACCGCGGGCGUCUACUGGCACACCAUCCUGUACACCCAGCUGCUCUACAUCGUCUAUGUCAUCCUGCUCUACGUCGGCUCCAUCGUCCCCACCACCUACAAAUGGGGUUACUUCACCCUGGCCAUGGUCGCCCUGGCCCUCACCCUGGAGAACAUCGUCUGGGCCGGCUGGCGCCACGCCUCGGCCCUGGGCGGCAACGUUGCCCGGCUGUACCGCAUCCUGGCCCCGAGCCUCGUCGUUCUCUGGAUCCUCUACCCCGUCGCCUGGGGUGUGAGCGAGGGCGGUAAUGUCAUCGCCCCCGAUUCCGAACACAUCUUCUACGGUAUCCUCGACAUCCUGGCCAAGCCGGUGUUGGGCGCCGUCCUGCUCAUCGGACACAUGAAGAUCGACAUCACCCAGCUCGAUCUCCGCCUGUACGACCGGGUGCCGAACGAGGGCGAGGCGAACCGCGCCGCAUACAACGAGAAGCGCGACCAUCUGGCGCAGCACGACAUCGAGGCCACCGCUGCUGGCGCCCCUGCUGCAGCUCCCGCUGCCAACGGGACCCAAGCAUAG